AAGGAGGAAUCUCAAUCAAGUUUUUAGUCUACCAUUAUAAUCACCUUUUGAUCAGAUAAGACUACUUUGCUUCAGUCGUUUAUUCUUUUGGCUCUCUUUCAGCUUUCAGUGAAAUCUUUUAGGUUUUUGGUCCAUUGCUUCUGUUUGUAGAAAGUGAAUCUCUUUUUGAUGCUCUGAAAAUAUUCAGUUUCAUCUGAAUAGGGGGUAGAUGGGGUCGGAAGGGCCUUCACCUGUGAUCGUUCACGUGACUGGUUUCAAGAAAUUUCAUGGAGUUGCUGAAAAUCCCACAGAAACCAUUGUAAGUAACCUUAAAGAUUAUAUGAAGAAAAGGGGUAUGCCCAAAGGGCUGAUCCUUGGGAGUUGCAGCAUCCUUGAUACUGCGGGCCAAGGAGCGCUGGUUCCUUUGUACCAGACGUUGCAAGCUGCUUUAGGUGGUGGUGACUCUGAGUCAUCUAAUUCCAAAAGAGUUAUUUGGGUCCACUUUGGAGUAAAUAGUGGUGCCACAAUGUUUGCCAUAGAGAAUCAGGCUGUCAAUGAAGCUACUUUCCGCUGUCCAGAUGAGAUGGGAUGGAAGCCUCAGAAAGUCCCUAUUGUUCAUGCAGAUGGUGCAAUUUCGCGAAAACGAGAGACUGCUCUUCCCGUGGAGGAAAUCACCAAGGUAUUGGCAAAGAUGGGAUAUGAGGUAAUGACCUCUGAUGAUGCAGGCCGGUUUGUAUGCAAUUAUGUAUACUACCAUUCCUUGCGUUUUGCAGAGCAGAAUGGAAUCAGAUCACUAUUCGUACACGUGCCCCUGUUCCUAACCAUAGACGAGGAGACACAAAUGCAAUUUGCUGCUUCUUUGCUGGAGGUACUUGCCUCUUUAUACUAAUCUACUGCGUAUGUGCCCAGAAGUGUAUUUGCCUUGUUAUUUAUGCUGUGUAUGCAGAAGAAGGUUUAUUUGGAUAUAAAUGUAAUGCUUUAAUAAACAGUAAACUUUUUUAGUGAAUGGCAAAUGCAUAUGGUAUUUAUACUAUCUUCCUGGACAUUCUUUGGGUGGUUA